AUGAUGAAAUCCACUCCAUAUGCUUUGCUUAGUUCGAUUUUGCUUUUGAUCGCUUGCCAUUUUGAGGUCUCGUUGCAGGUCAAAAUUGUUCCGGUAACAGAAGGUGGUCGGUGCUCUCUAGUUCAACAAUGACCGCCAGUGCUAGCAGCGAAGAUGACGUCGUUGAGCUCGAGGCUAUGCGCAAGGAUACUAUCUCUUGGCAUCCUUGCCAGGUCUCGCUUUGCUCUAGUGGAUUGGGUCUUCUUGUGCAAUAUGAGGACAACAAUUUGGAAGAAAUGAUCUCCGACAAAGAUGGAGUAAUUGCAUGUAUCCGUGUUCGUUCGACUCCAUUACAAGGUGAUGACUGCACUUUGCUCCAAAAAGGGGAUCGUGUGCUUGCCACACGAAAUUCCCGGGUUAAGGGAGACUUCCAUGAUGCCCUGGUGGAAGAGGCAAUUCGUCUAAGACACUCAAAGAGGAUCAACUGCAGAUGUUCGUUCAAAAUGAAAUGGCUUAACCAAGCCAUUGAAGAGAAAGCAACGACUGUUCCAGCCAGUGCAGUCAGGAAAUUGUCUACCAAAAACAUAGUUCUCCACCCAACUAUUUCUACAUUCUUCAGCAAUCUGGAAUCCUCCAAUGGUUUUACGAGAUCACCAUUUCUGUUCAGUUUUGACAAUAUGAAAUUGGAAGUUGAUAUUAGUAUGCUGCUGGAGAAACAAAUCGAAGAUAUAAAUAAAUCAUCAGAUGGUCUAGAGAAGAAACUCUCUAAUAACUUAGCUUUUGGAUUAAAAGGUGAUCUUGAUGAGGAAUCCCACAUUUUUGCAUAUGGUGCAUCAUUGAAAGACCAGUACAUGGGCACUGAGAAGAGACAAUCCCUGGAGAGAAAACAAGAAGAUUCCUCGGAUUUUGUUUUACUAAACCAAGAUCAAUGGAAGGAAGGAAGAUCGCCGCUCAGUCCUCUUGCUGCUCGUGCAGCUCUUGCUUUAUUAAGAUCCAGUUUCACUCAAAAUGGGGAGCAUUCUGAUUCUAGCAAUACUACUACGGAUAAAAGAGACCUCUACAGAUCUGCGUCAGUUUUCUCAUCAGAAACAGAUGCUAAUAUUUCACGAAAAGCAUCAGCUACAUCAGGAAGCAGGAGCAAAAAGCUUGAGAGCAUUGCGAAGACACUCUUCCCAUCAAGUCCUCCAGAAAUUAAAGUUUCAAAUGCAUCUCCUGGAGCACAGGGUAAUGGAAUUGGAAAGAAGAGGAAGAACACAGAAAAAUCGACAAUUCAGCAGCCUUCAGAAAAGAGGGUUACUCGGUCACAAGUUCAAAGAGAAGCUGCAAUUCAGGAAUCUAAAUCUACCAACGUACAGUUGAGACCACCUCCCAAAUCACAUAAGCUUACUUGCUCAAAUGACCACAAGGAACUGAAUCCAAGUGCUGAAGACAAUGCGGAAACCAAGUUUGGCAUUCCCCCAUCGAAUUCCAUACGUCCGCAAAGCUGUUUCUCAGAUGCUAAAAAGACAGUUUCUUCACCAUUUAGGGGUGAUCAAGAAAUGGAUCUCACCGACACUGCUGAAAAUGUACUGAUUCCGAAAGUUGACACUCAUGAAAAUAACAGUUGCAGAAGAAUUACUCGUUCUGCAUCAGCUCGGGAAGGGAAGGAGAAUGGGCCGUCUAUUUCCAAACAUGAUGGUAACAAAACAACCCAAAACACAGGCACUAUCGGCGUCAGCAGCGAAGGUAGAAGAAGACAGGAGGCAAGAACUUCUCAACCCAUAUUUCUUCCUCGGACACGGUCACAAACAAAAGCUUAGAACUUUAUUCCAUCCAGAUGAUUUUGAAGUUUGGGAUACCGAAGAUGGAGUAAUAUAGAGAGCUUGGGAAGGUGGAAGUGAUCGAGGUCCGUUGGAUUUGAUGAUGUGAAUCGACGGCUUAAAAUGGCGAUCCGCAUUUGUUUGUUGGUUUAUUUCUAUCCGUUGAUAAGAAGUAAAUCAACGGCCGAUAUUGGCUUGAUUGGAUUGUGGCGCGGAUUGUGGUUUUUCAGUGUUUGGCAAUGGGGGGAAUGUUUUUUGGUGAGAAGUUGAAAUUUUAGAGGUAGCGAGGGGUACGUAAAGCGGCAAAAUAAACCUUGUCUUUU